AUGGAAUCUGCUUUCACGCAGUGUUUCCCCAGUGAGUUCAUCUGCUUCAUCUGCAAGGACAAUUUCACAGACCCUGUCACCAUUAGCUGUGGGCACAGAUUUUGUACUCCUUGCCUCUGUCUGUUGUGGGAAGAUGCCCAGACAGCUACUUGCUGUCCUGUGUGCAAGGCAAUAUCUCCGAAAAUGGACUUCAAAAGCACUCUUCUUGCUAAGGAGCAUAUUCUUCCUACCAGAGAAUCAGUUGUCUGCCAGUUACCCAGCUCUGCCAAGCAGAUGUGUAGGAUACAUCAAGUGAUAAAGCUCUACUUCUGUCAAACUGACAAGAGCCUGCUGUGUUUGUUCUGCUCUCAUUCCCCAGAACAUGCCGCGCAUGAACACUAUCCAGUAAAGCAGGUUGCAGAGCACUACAGGGAGAACCUUCUGAUGCAAAUGAAGUCUAUUUGGAAAAAGAAAAAAGAAAAUCAGAGCAAUAUAAAAAAAGUGACCAACAUAUUCAGAGUAUGGGAGGGUUUUGUAAAUCUACGGAUGGUGAUGAUAGGAGCUGAAUACCCUAAGGUAUAUCAAUAUCUCCAGGAAGAAAAGCAAAAACAUUUAGAGAUGUUGGCAAUUGAAGGCAAGAUUGUUUUUCAGCGACUCAGGAGAAAUGUAGCCAGAAUGGUUCAUAUGGGGAAACUCCUGAGAAGAAUAUAUGAGGAGCUGAAGGAACUGUGCCUUAAAGCAGAUGUGGACAUGCUCCAGGGUGUGGGAGACACAAUGAAAAGGAGUCACUUAAUGCAGCUGUACAUUCCUCAGCCUAUGGACCCACAGCUCAGUACAUGGGCCAUCACUGGGAUGUUGGAAAGGCUUAACAGCUUCCGAGUGUAUGUUACGUUGGAUCAUAAAAUAAGAAAUUGUCAUGUGGCUCUGACUGAAGACCUGAGACGUUUGCAGUGCAGUCCUGACCAUCAAGUUGUGCCCCAUAAUCCAGCAAGUUCAGAGAAUACUCCUUCAUGGGGCGCUCAGACCUUCACCACUGGCAAACAUUACUGGGAGGUGAAUGUGGGAAACUCUCGUAACUGGAUUAUAGGACUUUGCAAGGAAUCCUGGACAAGUAGGAAUGAUAUGCUACUUAACUCUGAGGAUAUUUUUCUACUUCUGUGUGUCAGCGUGGAGGACCAUUUCAGUCUCUUUUCUACCUUCCCACUCUUACCCCACUAUAUUCAAAGACCCCAGGGCUGGAUAGGGGUGUUUCUGGAUUAUGAAUGUGGUAUAAUAAGCUUUAUUAAUGUUGCCAGAAGUUCCCUCAUUUGUAAUUUCCUCUCACGCUCUUUCUCUUUCCCUCUCAGACCUUUCAUUUGGUGUGGACCCAAAUGA